CCUUUAAGAAUUUGCUUAGUUAAAAAUAUUGUUGAAAAUUCUAUGGUUGAACCCCUAAGGAAGUUUAGGUUCAACAAAACCUCCCACGGGUCCUCGUCUAUUUAUGCAUCUCUCUUUUUCCUACCAUUUCAUUUCCUUUUCUCUUCCCAUAUAUAAAACCAAACCAUUUCGUUGGACUUAUUUACCUCGGCUUGAAACCCCUUCUCCAUCUACUCUUAUCAACUCUUUAUGGCAUUUAAAUCAACUACUUCUAACUGAAAAAAUAGAAUUCCAAUCCCACACAAAAAUGAAAAUCUUCUUCACUUUCUUCAUCUUCCUUUCUCUUUUCGCAUUCUCAUCAAAAUCAGAAUCCACUUGCAAAAAUAACACAGAUUUAUCUCUAGUUUCAAAGGCUUUCAGCUCUGUUUAUGGCUUCAAUAUCACUUGGUUCAGCUCAAACUGUUCCCCUACCAUUCCAAUAACUGUGAUAAAGUUAUCUUCAAGAAAUCUAACUGGCACAGUCUCAUGGAAAUACUUAAGAAAUUUGUCACAUCUUCAUACUGUAGAUCUCUCAAACAAUUCCUUAAAAGGUUCUGUUCAUCCUCUGUUUUGGUCAAUCUCAUCUUUGGUUGAAGUCAACUUAUCCAAGAAUAAGCUAGGGGGAACAAUUGCUGUAACUAGUUCAUCUCAUAUUCAAAGACUUGAUCUUUCUUUCAACAGGUUUACCAACUUGGGCUCUACUUUUUAUGGUUUUCCUAAUCUCACUUCUCUUGACCUUUCACAUAAUGAUCUCAAGAUUUUGCCUUUUUGGUUCAACAACCUAACCAAGCUUGAAAAUUUGAGCAUUUCUAGUUGUAACAUUUAUGGCAAUCCAAAACCAAUUUCACAUAUCAAGUCACUGAAGCAUUUAGAUGUUUCUUUCAACCACAUGAAUGGUACAUUUCCUAAUGAUUUCCCUCCUAUUUCCAGUCUCAAUUUCUUGAAUAUCUCAUUCAAUAACUUUACUGGACUAAUACCUCAAGACCAGUUUGCAAAAUUUGGUAACUCUUCUUUUAUUCAUGCUGGCCAUUUGCAAACCAAGAACGUAAAAUUACCAAAUCCCAAGAAUUCCUCAGAAUUUCACAUCAAACAUCAUAACUUCACAACCCCACCACACAAAAUGUUGCCUAUCAAACAGAAACCUACUAAACCAAUGGACAAAAACACCAAGAGAAAGAAACCCAAAUCAAGAAAGAAAGUUUUAAUCAUAGCCAUUUCAGCUGCUUCUGCAUUUCUAAUCUUGGCCAUAGGGUCAGUCAUAUUGUGUCUCUACAAGAGGAGAAAAACAGUGGCUAGGAAAAACAAAUGGCUAAUCUCAAAACCAAUUCAAAUACCAUUCAGAAUGGACAAGUCAGGGCCAUUUUCAUUUGAGACAGAGUCAGGAAGUUCGUGGGUAGCUGACAUAAAAGAACCAAGUUCAGCACCAGUUGUGAUGUUUGAGAAGCCAUUGAUGAACUUUACAUUCAAGGACCUCAUAGCAGCUACAUCUCACUUUGGGAAAGAAUCAUUGUUAGCUGAAGGGAGGUGUGGGCCCGUUUACAGAGCCGUACUUCCAGGUGACCUCCACGUGGCAAUUAAGGUCCUGGAGCAUGCUAGGGAACUAGGUCAUGAUGAUGCUAUUGCUUUGUUUGAAGAUCUGUCAAAGCUUAAGCACCCUAAUCUGUUGCCUAUUUCCGGUUUCUGCAUUGCAGGGAAAGAGAAGCUAGUGUUGUACGAGUUCAUGGCUAAUGGUGACCUCCACCGAUGGCUACACGAGCUUCCAACUGCUGCCACAAACGUGGAGGAUUGGACUACUGACACGUGGGAGCAGCAAAAUGGGUCCCAUCUGACAUCACCGGAGAAAAUGGAAUGGCACACGCGCCACCGCAUUGCGGUUGGCAUAGCGCGUGGACUAGCCUACCUCCACCACGCUCAGUCAAAGCCGGUGGUUCACGGCCAUUUGAUACUGUCUAAUAUCUUAUUGGCCGAUGACUUUGAACCUCGAAUAGCCGACUUUGGACUGAGUCACGACCGAGUCGGUGGAUCUACUGAGAAGGAUGUGUACGAUUUUGGAGUCGUACUGGUGGAGUUACUAACCGGAAAAGCCGGUUCGGAUGACACGAUCAAGUGGGUGAGAAGGCUAGUGAAGGAUGGACAUGGAGCGGAUGCGCUUGACUCGAGACUAAGACUCGGUGGCGACUCAGUGAGUGGGAUGGUGGAGUGCCUCCGAGUUGGAUAUCUGUGUACGGCGGAGAGCCCAAAUAAGCGACCUAGAAUGCAGCAAGUUUUGGGGUUGGUAAAGGACAUACACCCCACCAACUCGGAACUCAUUUGAGUUGACUCAAUUCAACUCGGUAACUGCUAACAUCCUAAUCUCUAAGCUACCACUCUCACCGCAGCGCGUGGUGGCACGACGAGGAAAUACUGGCUGGCAGCAUUGAAUUAUUGUACUCCCCAUGUGUUUGAUUGACCUCUGAAGAGUCAACAGUACAAGACAUCUCUCCACUAAGGUUUCCACUCAAGGGCAUUCGGUCACGUGCAUGUCACGUGUUUUCAUUGUCAGGAAGAUGCACUUCAAAAUCUAGUGAGAGGGACAUGUUUGCUUGGUUGUCUAAGUUUAUUCGUCUUACUAUUCUCCUCCUUCUCUUUUUGUAUUUUGUAUAUCAAAUUAGAGAUAAAAAAGAAUUUGCACAAAAAUAUGCGGGUAAAGCUUGGUUUUGACAGAAUAUUUAUUAUUUUUGUUUGGUUUAAUCAAAGAGUCGUAUUGUAUUUGAAGUGGAGCAGAGAAACCAGAGAAUCCCACUUAUUGCUUGUCUCUUCUAAGGGGCAUUAGCAUCAUCAA